AUGCUUCCAUAUCAACAUUCUUCUAACCCUAAUCAUCCUCCAAGUCUUAAUUCUUUACCUUAUUCUUCAAAUCUCACUUCCAUCUCUCCUUCUCCUUCUCCAAUCAACUCGCGUCAACAUCAUUCUUCAGUCUCUCCUUCAAAAUAUUUACUUACGGUCAUUCCUCCUGAAUCUUUACCUUCUGAUCAUCCUCGUACUUCUUUAGCUUGUACUGGUUAUGGUCCAGCUCAAGCUUUUCGUCGCGGAACUCUCAUUCCUCUAUAUCCUACUUUGAGCUCUCAAAAAGCUGCAAUCGCACGCGAAUAUGGUUUACCUUCAACGGGUGGCAUGGUCAUGUAUCUUAUCGAAGGAUCAGCUUUCUCAGGCGAAAUGGGUAAACACAUUGCUGGUGGACCUCGAGUUGGAGAACAUGCUUGGCAAAUGCUUUGGUCUAGCAUCUUUGAAGAAGAAGAACUGGCUGCCUAUGAGGCUGAUGUGAUCGCGCGUGAAAGAUUAUUAGCUGAACAGCAGUUUCAUCUUUCACAAGAUUCUGAUCAACAUCAACAUCAUCAUCAACAUCAACAUCAUCAUCAUAAUUCAAAUCGAAAUCAACCUCAAUCAUUUGAUGAAGAUAAUUCAGAAGAGAUUCUCAAUUCUCACAAUACGUGUCAAUUUCGUUCUCGUUCGGAUGGAUUUCCAUCUCAUUCACCCUCAGAUUCUUUUUCAUUACCUCAACACUCACACUCAUUUUCCUCUCAACCAAUCGAAUCGGCUGAAGAUGCGAGCGAUCCAGAGACAGAUAUAGAUCCAAUAUGCAUGCCCACCCGUCGUCGGUGCCCAGUAUCCAAUCAGCAUAAGAACACUCGUGGAUCUAGCCUUCCAAACGAAACUAGUUUGGCUUCAAAUCAUCUUCCACAUAAACCUACCCUCACGCGCCUGAACCAAAUAGCGGGUCAUUCCAAUUUAUCUUUGAAACUUGCCCCCUGUAGCUGUAGUUCAAUGACCAAUAACCAAGAUUUGUGUAGACACGCCAAAGGUCCCAACUCAAUUGAUUCAAAUUCUUCAGCCUCAAUGGACGCAUCCCUUCGAUCGGCUUCAUUUCAUCAAAGCUCUGUUCCACAUUCUCCUAUCACCUACACAAGUCGUCCAUCCAUCGACGGCUCGCAUUUCUCAGCGCCUCCGGAUCACCAGACAUCUCGAAAUUCGUCUAGAAUGUAUCCUUGUCGGUCUUACGGUACCCUACAUCAUCAUCAACGUAAUCAGUCAGAUUUGUUUGGUAUGAGAGAUCGGGCCAGUUUUGGGGACUCGAUGUCUGAUUUCAGUUCUUCUUCGCUUAGAAAACGUGCCAAUCGACCGGUGGGUGUGGGGGUCAUUGUGGGUAAGAUUGAGUUUGACAUUGAUCGUCGUCGAGGGAAUGGACGUUGGUAUGAUCAAUGGCUGGAGGGAGCUACCUUCAAUGAUUUGCCAUCAUCUUCACGCCCUUCAUCAGCUCAACCAUCGCCUUUGUAUGACUCUCUCGGUCGUCCAGAAAGAUCUCAGACGUCAGAUUCCUUUGGCCAUCCUCAAACCACUGGACGGGCUCCACUUUACUUACCAAGUCUGAUCACCAAACGUGAGAAUGGUAGGGAAUCAAAGUUGAAUGCUGCUACAAGUCUACAACCACGCAAUCUUACACCCACAUCAGCCAGCUCGACUAGUUUCCCUUCUCAAUUUGCUAAAGUGGCCCCAUCAACUAAAGAAUAUGAUACACCAUCAUUUUAUAAGACUGAGCCAAGCCCUGCUCGGCCUUCAUUUCCAGUUUCAUCUUUAAUCCCUGUUGAACGGACUCGAACGCGAACUCCCCAACAUGAUCGUGAAGCUACCAUACGAAGUGCUCCUAAAGACACACCUCAGAAUCAGAUACACGACUCGGAGCUUGAGCAGACGACUGAAGUUUCUACUUCUGAAAAAUCUGAUCAACCUGAAGAUGAGACAUCACCUCGAUCGGCUUACUCUUCUCAAGGUUCACAACACUCUGACAAGGCAGCUUAUGAGCAGUUACCCGAUGAUCAAGACCGACACCACCCUUCACACAGCUCUGAGGAACACGAAUCUUCAGGCUCGCAUCAAAUGAUGGAUACGAACGUUAAAAAGAAUCUUGAUCCGUUAGCUGGAGUGUUCCCGAGUGAUGAAGCUACUUGGUCCAGCUUUGACUCGGGGUUUGAGAGUGGGAAGACAGGAGGAACAUUUGAUACAACUCUAUCAGCUGGUUUAGGUCUCAGUUAUGGACAGUUGACAUUGGUUGCAGAGGAAUUCGAAGAGAAAGCUGAAGAAGGACCGCAUGAUGUGGACGAAGUAGUGAAGAUUUUAAAAGAAAAAGACUAUCGAUUAUCUUUCCAACGACCACCAUUAGCACCAAUUUCAGUACCAUUAUCAUCAGCUCCAGCUGAAUUGAAAUUGAGGAGCCCUGUAAGGACCUCUAGCCUUUUAUCAUCACCUAUCAACUUGGAGAAUCGAGCAGCACCUUCAUCGCCUAAUUCAUCUAGGACUCUUACUUCUCCUGUGCCACUGACUCAUCCCAACCCAUUAUUGAGAAGUCCAAGUCAAGCGUUAUCUACCGCACCGUCUAUAUCUACAGCCAGUAGUCAUGCGAUGGCAGGUCGUACCGUCAGAAGUUCUAGAACAUUUGAUACAUCUGGUUUAGCAUUGAGUUCUGGUUUAGUACCACGUGCAUCACAAGUGAUUUAUAAAAGAAGUUCAACAGCCGAUAUGCAAGCUGAUUUAGAGGAUCUAGAGAAAACAUUAGCAGCACUUUCACCACAAGCUUUGAAAUAUUCACCACGAACCUCGCCCAUGGCUACAGAUGAGUUGUUAAGGAAAUUGAAAGAAAAAGAAGAGAUGAGAUCAUUGAGAGGAAAAGAAUCGGGCGAAGUUAGACAACCUUUACCUUCACCAUUAAGAGCAGCACAAGCAUCAUCACCACCAUCAUUACCGUUACCAUCAAAACCAUCGCAGCUAAAAUUACAACCACAACGACCACAUCCACCUAGUGUUAGUUUUUCAAAUUCGAAUAAUUUAAAUGUGAAGAAACCCAACGAAGGAAACGGAAAUUUAUCACCUAUCAAUAAGAUUUUCUCUUCAUCUUCAUGGAAUUUAAAACGAUCUAAAGUAACAGUUGUAGAAGAACCAAUAAAAAGUCAAGACAAAAAUGAAAAGGUUUUAACUGAUAUGAUGCCAAAUAAUUCAAAUUCGAUGUGGGGCAGAAGAAGAUAUAAGAGUGCAGAAGAUCAUAAGCAAAAAGAAAGUCAAACCGCUAAAUCGUCUUGGAAGAAUCCGUUUGGAGGAGGAGGUAAUAAAGUGAAAGUUGAAGAUGAAGAAGAUGAGGAGAUGGGAAUGGAGAUGGGAGAUGAAGAUGACGCACCUGAGAUGAUUAGAAGGAAUCGAGAGAUUCGAUCGAGUUCUAAUUUACAUUUACAUCAACAUCCAUAUCAAAAUCAACAUUCACAUCAACAUCAAAAUCACAAUCCACGUCAAAGUUCGGAUAAGAAGAGUAAAAGACCUUCAGCUUCUAAUAUUUCACUAAGUUUUAGAAAACGAAUGGCUAGUACGAAUUAA